AUGGAGAACGUUAAAUUAGGAUUUGGGCAAAUGGGUUUUGCAUUAGCAAAUGGAAUAUUGCAAAAUAAUAUUAUUAAAAAAGAAAAUAUUUAUUAUCAUGAUCCCAAAAAAAAUAAUAACACAUUCAACUAUUUAAAUUCAAAUGAAGAGGUUAUACGUACAUGUGACAUAAUUAUUUGUGCCGUUAAACCAGAUAUUGUUUCUCAUAUAUUAAAAGAUGUUGGGAAAUAUUUGAUGUCUAAAUUAUUAAUUUCUAUUUGUGCUGGAGUAAAAAUUGAAAAACUAGAACAAUUAGUUGGGAAAAAUAAUAAAGUAGUAAGGGUUAUGCCUAACACACCAUGUUUAGUUGGUGAAAGUGCUUCUACAUUCUGUGUUAAUAAAAAUGUGAAUGAUGUAGAUAAAAAAUAUGUUAUAGAUAUUUUUAGCUCUUGUGGGAUUAUACAUGAAAUAGAAGAAAAAUAUAUGGAUAUAACGACAGCUUUAGUUGGUUCAGGUCCUGCUUAUGUUUAUUUAUUCAUUGAAAGUUUAAUUGAUGCAGGUGUAAAAAAUGGAUUAUCGAGAGAAUUAUCAAAAAAAUUAGUUUUGCAAACUAUAUAUGGUUCAGUUAAAAUGACUAAUACAUCUAAUUUACCAGUUCAACAAUUAAAAGACAAUGUUUGCUCACCUGGUGGUACUACAGCAGUAGGAUUAUUCACUUUAGAAAAAAAUCACUUCAAAUAUUCAAUUAUUGAAGCUAUAGACGCAGCAUGUGAAAAAUCAAAAUUAAUGAGUAAAUAA